UAUCGCCUCUAGUGGCCUUCUCGGGUAAUACGUGCUCGGAUCGUCAUUUGUUUUUACAAAAGAAAAAUAAUGUCAUCCGCAGACCAAAAAAGUUUAAACUUUACACGCUUGAUUUAUUCAACGUCAUUUAGCAAUUUGGUUUGUAGUUGGCUGUCUUGCCUAUUAAUCGGACUAUUAGGAGUAAAGGGAAAUGAGAUCAUGCUUCACUCUUCUCAGUAGAUUUUUAAAAUUAGAAUGAGUUACACGUCGAAAUUGGAUGCCAAUGUAGACGGUAACAGUUCUCUUAGCACGGGCUCGUUAGCGAUACUCGAUGACGAACAUCCCACAUCAUUGGCCAAUUUGCCAACUGAUAUUUUAUUACACAUUUUUGCAAUGUGUGGGCAGCGUUGGUGGCCUUCCAUUGCUCAAGUCUGUCACCGAUUUUAUACCAUAUUGGGAACAGAUAGUUUCCUCUGGGAACAAGUAACAAGGCAGCUCCUGCUUGUUAAUCAGUCAUCUUCAAUUUUUCGAUCCAAGAAUCACAGCUCUUUAUCUGCACAACUAAGAUUCAGAAUUUACAAUCACUGGAAAACAGGGGUCUGUCUGGUUAAACCAGUUGUGUCAGUUCGUGAAAAACAUGUACUUCCAUGGUUGGUUCUGAAAUCUGAUGUGCUUUGGGUUGGAACAGGAAGUCAUAUCAGAGCAUAUCCUAGGAUCCAACCAUGUGCUUUUCUUCACAGUAAAUCUUUACGGGGGAGAAUGAGACCAACUCUUAAUCUUUCUAGUUCUAGAGGAGAUUUGAGUCGGUUUACCGUCAAAAGUGGGGAUGAAGAUGUGGUCGUUGCGGGCGAUACAAAUGGAUCCAUUUUCAUUUGGAGGGCAUCUACAGGAAGACUGCAAUUUAAAAAAACAAAUUGCCAUUCAUCCGACGUUGCCGCUGUCAACGUAUUCAACAAUGUGAUUGUGUCUGGAGGGAGAGACAAAUUUGUCAAGGUACUUCGAUUUGACCAUUCAAUUUCAUAUCAUAGUUGGAAAAGUAUUUAUACCGCUGAAGAGAUUUAUUUAGAUGACAGAAUAUUGUCGCUUGAUAUCGACCCAUCCGGUACCUUAUUGUGUACGGGGACUGCUGGACAUGGUGGUGUUCCACCGUCUCAUUUGUUUGACUUGACAACUGGUGCCUUAAUUUGUCCCCUACGGAGACAUUUUCGAGUCGGCGAAGGUGUUUAUGACGUGCAUUUUGAAUCGCCUAACGAAGUACUGACGGGUGAUUUCAACUCCGCCUUACGCCUUUGGGAUUUGAGAACCCAAAGCAAUGUCUCGGUAUGGGACGAUCCUCACGAUUCCGCUAUCAAUUGUAUUGCAACUGACAACAAUAUGACCAUCUUGACGGGAACAGCGACGCAUGGAGGAAUCCGCCUUUGGGAUAAGAGACAAACGCGAUGUGUUCAACUUUAUUACGUUAAACCUGAAUUGCGGUCACCUGUCUAUAGUUUAGAUUUCGAUUCAUCCGAAAUGUAUACGGCUCUCGAUACUUCGAUCCUGGGUUUCGAUUUCAGCGGUGGCAAUAGGAAGCCUACCAAAGAUUUGGUAGUUUACCCGUGUAACUAAUUAAAUCGGUUGUUCCAAUUAUUAA